AUCUUGUACAGAGAGUACGGAGAUAAGGUGAAGCGGUUCAUCCCGAUAAACGAAGCCCACUCCGUAUGCAUAGAUGGUUACUCGACCGGGGUGAACGCACCUGGAAAGAAGCUACACGGUAUUGGCGAGUAUCUUUGCAUCCACAACUCGAUCAAAGCCCACGCGAGAGCUUACCGAAUAUACGAAAAGGAGUUCAAACCAACGCAGCACGGCGAGGUCGGAUUCAUGUACAAUUUGCCCACUCCCAUACCAAAGAAUUCAAGUGACAUACUGUCAGCGGUGGUCGGUUUCGAAUUCGUUGCUGGUUGGACUUUGCAUCCUAUCUAUGCCAAGAAUGGUGACUACCCGGAAAUCAUGAAGGAAAUGAUUGCCGCCAAGAGCAAGCAGCAGGGUUACGCGAGAUCUCGUUUGCCAGAGUUCGAGCCCGAGUGGAUCGACUACAUAAGGGGAGCCUCAGACUUUCUAGCGGUAAAUCAUUACACCUCGAAAUUAAUGGAACCCGGUGAAUCAGGUUCAGUACCAUCUUAUGAAAACGACGCGGGUCUUGUAGCAUCCUAUAAACCUUCUUGGGCCAAGACAGCUUCCGACUGGUUAAGAGUUGCACCCGAGGGUUUCCGAUACCUGCUUCGUCAUUUAGCAACGAAAUAUGGAAAUCCACCAAUCUACAUAACUGAAAAUGGUUACUCUGAUACUGGAACCAACCAUGAUUGGGAAAGAAUUCAGUACUAUCGCGAUUAUUUGGAGCAGAUGCUUUUGGCCAUGUACGUCGAUGGCGUUAACGUGAAAGGGUACUAUCUAUGGUCGCUUCUUGACAACUUUGAGUGGCAACGGGGAUAUAGCGAACGUUUCGGAAUCGUGUCUGUCGAUUUCUCGGAUCAAAACAGGACACGGACCUUGAAGCAAUCUGCUUUAUGGUGGCAGCAAGUUACAGCUGAAAGAAAACUUCCAUUAUCAAUAAUUGUUCCAACGACUCCAAGACCUGAAAUUCCGCUUUUCACUCCAAGAUCCACUCCAACACCCACUCAAGGAUCCAUUUGAAGACCUACUCGGAGACCCUAGAUGGUGAAUUAUCAUCGAUACUUGUCACGAUAGAGAUUAUUCGGAUACUCGUACAUAUGGUUUUUCGAAAAAAGAAAAUCAUCGAUAGUAACAUAAUAAUUACUAUAAAUAAAGUUUGUACUCUGCGCGGGCGUCGCAACUGUUUCAGUAUUACUUAACGCGGAUCAUGACCGACAAACGUCUAUCUGUACUGAUUCAUUCGUUCACGAGAUAUGUAUGUAAUUUAUUUGUAACCUCAGAUGUGUAAGAAUGUCUAUUAUUAUAAAGUGUGUAAAAUCUUAAAA